AUGGUUUCAGAAGGCGGUUUAAAGAUAAAAAGAAUACACAAGCAACCAGAGCCAUUUGACUGCCUGGAGCUUUAUCAACAAGGCUAUAGCGAGGACGGUAUUUAUGUGAUUAAACCAACCGGAAGAAUUACUUCUGAUGUGUGGUGUGAUAUGACCAAUGGUGGAUGGACAGUUAUACAACGACGACUGGAUGGGUCAGAAAACUUCUACAGAACAUGGACAGAUUAUGUUUGUGGAUUCGGUAACAUAUCAGGAGAGUACUGGCUUGGCCUUGAGAAUAUAUAUUGGCUUACUACUAUAGACAGUUCUUUGAGAAUUGAAAUGGACGCAUUUGAAGACGUAUCACCUACACAUGCUUAUGCACAGUAUCACAAGUUCAGGGUUGACGACGAAGAUUCAAAUUUUAGAUUGCAUGUUAAUGGUUUCUCCGGAAACUGCAAUGAUAGUCUCGGUGUACAUGAUGGAAAUAUGUUCUCGACUAAAGACAGGGAUAACGACGUAUGGUACAACAACUGCGCUCAAAAAUACAAAGGAGCAUGGUGGUAUAAAUAUUGUCAUCAAAGCAAUUUGAAUGGACUAUACUUACCUGGAUAUCACAAUCAGUAUGCUAUUGGUAUUAACUGGAAAACGUGUUGGGGUUACCAUUAUUCUAUUCGCAAUGUCCAUAUGAAGGUGAAAAGAAAUUAGAAAUAAAGUGUAACCUCGAACCGACUGCAUUAUAUAUGAGUAUAUUUAAAGCAGCACGCCUCCAGAUAAAUGAUAAUUUUUAUGAAAAUUUUGGAAAUGUAUUCAAAAGUAAAAUAUUGUGAGAUGAACGAAAUAAGCAAUUUACAUCCUGCAAUCGGUAAAUAAAAUCCGAGAAAAAUACCAAAAUGUGGUCAAUAUAUAUAUGCAAAAACAGCCCUUACUGCGUUAGUAUCGCAAAAGGAUUAUGGGCAUAAAAAACCUUAAAAGCAGGCUAAAACCGCAUAUAACAUCUAAAAUAUCACUUGAAUCUUGAAUGUUUUUACCUUUCUUAAAUUUUUAGAACAUUUUUUGCAGCUUGAAUAUAGUAAAACAUGUAUUAUCAAAAAUGUAGCUCAAUUGUGAACAAGUAAUUAUUUUCGAUUUUUACUUUAAAUGGUUGUUUAAUUGUUUCACUGGAAAUAAAAUAUUUAAGUUCAGCCAAUAUAUUUUCUCAGUAAAUUCUAAGUAAAUUACAUGCUUUAUAAGGACCAGUAUAUGUAAUUUUAUAUUUGAUCUCUUAAAAUAAUAUAGCAAUGUAUAUCAGAAUGAUUGUU